CCCAGAUACUAUAUGGGUCUUCUUGAUGAUCGGUCAUGAAUGAUUGAAUUUUCUUUUUUUGUUUCUGCUUUCCUUUCGGUUGGGGAUAUCUUCUCCGAUCUGGUACCUUUUUUCCCCUCAUCGGCCGGAUACCCUGUUUGUUUUGAUGUGAUGGUGGAUUGCCGCAGUGUCUUGUUCUAGUUCCUCAUAGCGUUUCUUUCUUUCCUCCCACUUCAUAGAUAGGUCCUCGAACUUACUGCAGAAAUGGAUGAGUCGUCGGUCUCGGCCGAUACGAGCAUGCAAGCUCAGCACUUUGUCAAGGCCGACGAAGUGGACCAAACCGGGACGGACAUCAGCCCCGUCUCCGAUGACCAGUUGAUGGAGGAGGUUGCGGAGGGGAUCCGAAAGGAGCAGGCGUCCCACAAUGCGCCCUCGGAUGUCUCUGGGGAUCGACCUCCUCAGACGACGACAGCCGCGAGACGCCCCGAGUUGCGUCGGGAUGUGGCCGCGCCCCCACCCCCACUGCAACCGCCGCCCCCGGCUCCCGUCCAACAGGCGUCGCAAAGGCCCCCGGACUCCCUCAGCCUGGCACAGUUGAGACAAAUAGUCCAGGAGAUGCCCAAGGCGGAGCAGCCGGCCUAUGCAUUUGAUUAUGCCGACGCCCAGCCAUUCGCCGAGGAGAUCGAAGAGUGGUUCCAAUACAGUGAGUUCGACCGGAUCAUGCUCUUGGGCAUGAAAUCCUCGUUUGAACACCGAUGGGGGCUGUUCUGUGAGAGACACCACCCCUCUGGUCCCCAAUCGUCCUGGGUGGAUGCCCCCCGGGACCUCCAGAAGUCAUUCAUCAGUCAGACCAUUGAUCGGCUGCGGAACCGAGACAGCGCGGCUCGGAUCGAGGCCCUGGAGAUCAUCUGCUAUGUGGUGACGGGGAUCUGGGGGACCACGGCCGGGAUGGUCGCGGAGGACUAUCCCGAAAACGUGCCCCCUCAAGAAGCCGCCGAGGUGCCCAGAGCCAAGUCAUUGCAGAUCAGGUGGAUGGAGAACAAUGUCAAUUUGAUCAAUGAAUGCUCCGGGGUGGGCCCCAUCUUCGAGUGUCUCUGUGCAUUCUUUGAACGAGGUCGCGGCUCCUCGAACCCCGACUUGGACAACCUGGGCGCUGAAAGUAGUAACCCGGCCGUACUGGCCGCGUCCGAGCGGGAGGUGAAUCUCGUCUUGACGGCAUUCUACGUCAUUGUGGAAGUGGGUCGGAGACAGGAGGCGCGCCAUCUCCAUCACCCUCCGUUAAGGCACGCCAUCAUGGAGCUGGAGCCCAAUCUGCUCGUGUUCCUGGUUGAGAUCAUAUCGCGCUUGCGCUGGGACGAUUCCGCCAACGUACCGCUAACCCGGAUCAUCUUGCUCCUUUGGAAGUCUUUACUCCUGUUCUUCGGAGGCACAGACGCCCUGAAAAGGGCCAAGGAAGAACUGGAGCCUUCCUUUGAGGAGCGGGAGAAUGGAUCCUCACACCGGACCCCGUUUCUCACGGCCUCCCCGCUGGACUACCAUGCGUUCCGACAGGAGGUCACAUCGAAGUAUCCCUCCUAUAACCCACCGCCGCCGGUAGUUCCCGUGGAACUCGAGAACAACUCCAUUCUUCCUCCUCUGCCCCAACACCCUAGCCGAAUGACGGCUUCGAAUGGCCUGUUUUCCGGGGUCGGGCCAUCGGUUGCGGGUGGGAACGGCUCGAUCCUGCACCAGUCAGUGCAUAUUGCAACGCCGGCACCAUCGCCCCCUCCGUCGCCCAUCGGCCCUGGCGGAAAGGCAGGGAAGAAGCAGAACUACCAGACGAACCAGAACUUCCCGUUCAUGUACCCCCCUCUGGACGAUGCUAGCAACGAUCUCGGCGGGAAGGGCACGACGGAGGUCCAGGAUGUCCUAGUCGGGAAGAAAUGGGAGGGCAGCGAUGUGCCGGCGUCGAUCAUCGAGGCGGGACAACUCUUUUCUUCGCACGUGAAAAUGACCCGAGCGAUGCGGCAGCUCUGGGAGGAGCGAGAGCGCUUCAUGCGAUACGACCGGGGGUGGUCCCUUGACGAGAGCGAAGCUGGCCCGGCCGACCAUUUGGCCGACGAUCUGACCAAGGAUCUGGACGAUCUGAGCCUGCGAGAGAAACGCAGAAUGAGUUCCGACUCGUCCGCCAGGGAGACCGACAACAAUGAUAUUCAACAACGACUUGAUGCCGUGAACGCGUUCUAUUCCGACGCUCUGAUCCAUCUACAAUCGAUCACCAUUGUCUUCUUAAAAAUCAUCCUGACCAACGUCAGUGCAAUGGUUAACCAUGCCAACGUCCAGAACAGUCAGGUUAUGGGCGACAGUUUUGGUGCAGCUAGUGGGUUUGGACCUGCCCCCACGAGUUUCCAUAGCCAUCUGGACAUGGACGCCGCCAUCGAUGAGCUGGACAGCACACGUCUGCGAGAAAUCACUGGAAAAGCGAUCUCGGGGACGUUGCUGCUCAUGGUCAAGUGGUUCAAGAGAUCCCAUAUUCUCAAGUUCGAAUACAUGACACAGCUGCUUCUGGACUCCAACUAUCUACCCCUCAUCUUGAAGAUGUUUGCGCACCAAGACAUUGACCAGGCGGUCGCACAGAAGAACGACCGCGAGGAACUUGGCUUCUUCCACUUCUGCCACGUUCAUUCCGACCAACCCCCGGAGCCCGAAGAAGACUCGGACGAGGAGUCUAGCGGCGACGAGGCCGUCCCUCCGCCGAUCUCCCGACACCGGAUGGACUCCGUGCCCAGUAGCUCCCCCGUCCGCGGGUCAUCGCCGGAUUUAGCGCCGGAUUUGACGGAGGGCCCUCAUCGCCCGGAGGUGGACGAGCUCGGAUACCCGACGGCGCCGCCCCCGAAGGAGCCGAUCACGGUGUUCUCCUUCCGGAACUUUUUCUCGGCGAUCAACUACCUCCACAUCAUGCAGAAGAUCACCCGCAACAAGGCGCACCGCUGCCUCCUCAUGGUGCAGUACAAGUCCAGCACGAUCCUUCGCAAGGGACUCAAGAUCCCGGAUCCCCACCUGCGGUUCUACACCCUCAAGCUCUUCAAGUCCCAGGUGCCCUACUGCGGACGGAAAUGGCGACAGAGCAACAUGCGCGUGAUCACGGCGAUCUAUCUCUACUGCCGGCCGGAGCUACGCGACGACUGGCUAGCGGGCUCGGACAUCGACGCCGAGGUAGAGGAGGCGCUCCCGCUAGAGCAAGCGUUGCGCGGCCUCACGCACUGGUGGCACCUACGACGGUACAAGGACGUCAUGGGCGGCGAGGAGGGCGCAUCGAUCAUGGAGGAGGAACGCGACUUCUUCGUGCGCGAACUCGAGGCCAUGGGGUGGGGAUUUGCGGGGGAUGAAGUGCUCAACAGCGUCAGCGACGAGGCGGAGAUCAUGGCAGGGGCUAUGCCGAAUGGCACCGAGUGGGAGGGAGGGGGGGGUCCAAUGCAGAUGGAAGGAUACUAG